GGGCUGAGCGCGGGAUGCGGCCGGCUGCGGCCACCUGAAGCGCGGGCACCAUGAGCGGCGGCCGCUUCGAUUUCGACGACGGUGGCGCGUACUGCGGGGGCUGGGAGGGCGGCAAGGCGCACGGCCACGGCAUCUGCACGGGGCCCAAGGGCCAGGGCGAGUACUCGGGCUCGUGGAACUCGGGCUUCGAGGUGGUGGGCGUCUACACGUGGCCCAGCGGCAACAAGUACGAGGGCUACUGGGCGCAGGGCAAGCGGCACGGCCUGGGAGUGGAGACCAAGGGGCGCUGGGUGUACCGCGGGGAGUGGACGCACGGCUUCAAGGGCCGCUACGGCUUGCGGCAGAGCGCGACCAGCGGCGCCCGCUACGAGGGCACCUGGAACAACGGGCUGCAGGACGGCUACGGCACCGAGACCUACGCGGACGGCGGAACUUACCAAGGCCAGUUUACCAAUGGCAUGCGUCAUGGAUAUGGCGUCCGUCAGAGCGUGCCCUAUGGCAUGGCAUCCGUGGUCCGCUCUCCUCUCAGAACCUCCCUUUCUUCCCUCCGUAGUGAGCACAGCAAUGGCACGUUGCCCCAACAGGACUCCCCAGCAGCUAACCAGGAAAGCAUCCCCAUGUCCCCCACUAUCACUCGGGGAGGCUUUGCCCUCAGCCUAUAUUCAGAUGCUGAAGCUGGCAAGCCGAAGAAGGGGGGCCUCUUCAGACGGAGCUCUCUGCUGGGGAAGCUGAAGAAAUCUGAAUCCAAGACAUCUUUGGCCAGCCAGAAGAGCCGAAUCAGUUUCCUCAAGAGUGAGAGCGGCAUCAGCUCUGCCGCCAGUGAUGCUACCUCCACUGUCAGCUUGGGAGAGGGGGCGGAAGGUGAGGAGUUCCCACCCUUUGAGUCGGACAUUGAUGCUACCACCACAGAGACCUACAUGGGUGAAUGGAAGAAUGACAAGCGCUCAGGUUUUGGGGUGAGUGAGAGAUCGAGCGGCCUGAAAUAUGAGGGUGAGUGGCUGGACAAUCUGCGGCACGGCUACGGCUGCACCACAAUGCCCGAUGGCAAGAAGGAAGAAGGCAAGUACAGGUAUAAUGUCCUGAUCAAGGGUAUGAAGAAGCGAGUGAUACCUCUGAAGAGUGCCAAGAUCAGGCAGAAGGUGGACAGGAAUGUGGAGGGGGCCCAGAGGGCAGCGGCCAUCGCCAGACAGAAAUCUGAGAUCGCGGCUUCCAGGACUGCCCAUGCAAAAGCCAAGGCAGAAGGAGCUGAACAGGCAGCUCAGGCUGCUAACAAUGAAUCAAGCCUAGCAAGGAUGAUGGCCAGGGAGCUGUCGCCAGACUUCUACCAGCCAGGCCCUGAGUACCAGAAGAGGAAGCUGCUCCAGGAAAUUAUGGAAAAUGCUGAGAACAUUGUAAACAUGGAAGAGGAAGUACCAUGCAAAGAAGGACCUCCGCCUCUUUCAACCCCCCGCGAGAGCCCUCAGCUGCAUGAGAAAGACACUGCCCACCACAAAGAGAGUCCUGCCCAGACACCAUCGCCGAGUCCGGCUGGUAUGUCACCAGCAGCAAAGCAGGCCAAGCAAAGUUCCCAGAAGGAUGGCUUUCUCAGCCCUGGCAGCUGGAAUGCCAGUCAUGGGGGAAGUAGGCCCAAUACACCAUCCAAUGCACUCUUGGCACACGGGGAGAAAUCAGCAGCUAAUGGCAGACCUGCAUCCCGGAGCCCCAGCCGGCACAGCAACGUGAGGACUUCGACAGACCAGAUGGAGAUCAAACCCCUCCAGAGGAUAACAAAAGAACCUGAUGUUGAAUUAUACCAAGGCUAUCACAGCUAUGCCGUGAGGACCUCCCCAGUCACUCCACCCCUGGACUAUGAGGAAGAGCCAUUCCCUGAGCCCAAAUCACCUACCAAAUCAGCCUCUCCAGAACCAAGAGCUGAAAGGAGGGCUGUUGAACACAAAGCAGAACCCCAGAGGCAAGGGGGAACACCCAUCGUGCAGCAGGAGCCAGCACAUGAAGAGAAACCUGUGCCCAAAGCAGAACCGAAACCAGAGCAGCAUAAGCCAGAGCCCAAGCAUAAAGAGCCGAAGCAGCACCAUCCACCUGAGCACAAGGUUGCCACAAAAACAGAACCUGUAACUGAGGCCAAGGCUGAGCGAAAGACUGAAACCAAAGCUCUGGCUAAGCUUGAGCCUAAGGUGGUAACUAAACAGGGACCUCCUGAAGCAGAGACACAGGAAGCGGAAGAAUUUGAAGAGGGACCUAACACAAUCAUGAUCUGCAUGGUCAUCUUACUGAAUAUUGGUCUGGCCAUCUUAUUUGUACAUUUUCUGACAUGAUGUGCCCCUCAGACAAGAACAGGCAUUGUCACUGAUGGAAUCUACAGACCUUGGCAGGGAUUAGACUUGCGGCCCAACGGAAACAUCUAAGGAGAUCUUUAGUACCUCAGGUUCCACUGCAAACAUGAACCUAAAAAGAAAGUUUCUGCUAGCCUCAAUGCUCUCAAUCGGCGGCCAGCUUCUUUGGUCCAUUGAGAAGAAACCUGGAUUUCUGCAACCCAUCUUUGUUCUUUCCUUUAUAUGAACAAGCCGUUGCCUUAAAGCGUCCUCACCAAAGUCAUCUGCUACCUGACAGUGCCAAGGAAGGGGAAUUUUUCUGUAGUUGUAGACCCAUGAAUGAGAAGUCUCUUUCAUGCACUCAAGUGCCCUGUGUUUUUUGACUCCCUUGGUUGCCUCAAUGUCAUUUAUUUCCCAAAGAAUAACAGUGAGGAGAUAAUGCAGUGUUCAUGAUAACCAUGAGUACGCCUAAUAGCCAUGCCACAGGGAGGGAUGUUCAAACAAGUCCCCCAGACCCAAAAGUAUUAGAUCUCUCCUAUUAGCAAAAGUCUCAGGCCACUUCCUGUGUUGUUACAGAAUUCUAGUUAAAUAGCUAAGCAUACUGAUAAGGUCUUGACCCCCAGUGAAGAAAAGACUUUCCUAUAGAAAACAUAUCCUUCAGGGAACCCAUGCUAGUGAUGUCCUAACACCUAAGUUAUCACCCCAAGUGAUGAAUGCAAAUUGUUUCCUCUCCUAUCUUCUAUAAUCAUUUCCUGCUUAAGGGCAACUGAAACUGGACUGCAUAAAAUGCAGCCAAACUCAAUCCAGAUGCCUGGAUUGCACAUGAUGCUGCUGGAGAACCAGUAAGCAGGAUGCAUUCGUUUGUUCAUGUUUGAUGGAUCGGCCAAUCUGAGGGCUUUCACUUGAGCGAGGUGUGCUGCAAAUGCUAGUAGGUGGAGACCAUGUCCAUUUAAGGGCUAAGCAGCAUCCAGAUGCCCUCUUGUUGCCAAGAGUUGUCUGUGUAAUUAAAGAAGAUCAUCUAGCAGCAGAUUACUCCACAGCUAUAACUUGAGAUGAAAUAGAAGUGCUGAACUCCUUUUCUUUAACACAGUGAAAAUGGUGGAAGUUUCUGUUACAGUGAGUGAUUUACCUGGUGCCACCUUUAGGUAUUGCCAGUUCCUUCCCUUGCUAAAUCCUGGCAUGUAGGCCUGGCAUCCCAGCAUUGUUAGUCCAGUGAAACAAAUAUGUGUGAACAAAUGCUCAAAUAUAUGUAUGGAACUAUUACAAUAAGAGGCCAGUUUAUUCAUGAAAAAACAAAGCUGAGGAA